UCAGAGCUGUAGCGACUUUACUGUGUGCAGAUCGAGCACAUUCAGCGGGCUGCUGGAGAAACACAGUUCAGGGAGAGAAAAAACAGCGGAAAGAAGAACUGAAGAGUCGAAACAGCAAAAACACAUCGCGCAGUUUGGUUUUCUGUAAAUAAUCAGGUGUUCCAUCAUAAGUGAUGAUGAGUUCUGAGGGCGUCUCCAGCAGUGACGACAGCAUUUCAGCCAAAUAUGACAAAAGACAUUCUUUGAGCGACACAACAGUGUGUUCAGAGCAGUCGAGCCAGAGACUCUCACCUGUUCCGAGCUGCACCUCCAUGAAGAGCGAUCAGUCAAUGGACCCUCCGGCCCGUUUCAGCAGUAAUUUCAGUGACGGACAUUAUUCCACAGAUCAGCGAGUUCACUCGGCCAGUCUUCAGAAGAGACUCUUCUGUAAAUCCCGCUCCAGACAUGCGUGUGUUUGUGGCGAGACGUGCAGUGCUAGAACUCACAAUCGCAUGCACGCCCAGCCAUGUAGCUGCUGCGGCGGCAUCGUCACUCCCUGCUGCAUGCGACAGGUCAGUCCACAGAACCUCACUGCAGCUUCAGAACAGGACGCAGCUAAACCUGUGCAUGAGGACGGUCCACAAAGAGGAAAUCGGUCCACUUGGUUAUUUUGGAUCCUGUCUCUGCUGAUUGGUCUCCUCUGUGUCGCUGCAGCUGUAACAUAUUUUAUGAGUUCCUCUAAAAUGCAAGAAGUAAAAACAGCAGGAGAGCUCAGCCUCAUGUUGUUGGGGAGGUCUGGAGCGGGAAAGAGUGCAUCAGGAAACACCAUCCUGGGGAGGCCGGCGUUUGAAGAGGAUUACUCCUUUCUCCCGGUGACGAAAGGCUGUGAGACUCGCAGUGCUGUGAUCUUGGGAAGGAAGGUCAAAAUCACUGACACACCAGGUCUUUCAGACGAAUCGUUUGUGAACUGUUUUGCUAACGAUUCUACCAUUCAUGCAUUCCUGGUAGUGAUCAGGCUGGGCAGGAUAACAGUGGAAGAGAAAGAAAAUAUCAGACACAUUGCUGAGAACUUUGGUUCUGGAGCUCUGAAACAUGCACUGGUGCUCUUCACAGGUGGAGACCUUUUAGGUGGGAAAUCCUUCACAGAGUUACUGGCUCACAGUCCUCCUAUUCUAAAGGAGAUCCUCAGGGUCUGCGGAGGUGGCUAUCAUGUCUUCAAUAACAAAGACCGUUCAGACAUCAGGCAGGUUGAAGAGCUGCUGUUGAAGAUAGAAGCAAUUAUGUACAGAAAUGGUGUUUAUAAAGUAGAGGCACCCCCUGUGGAACAUGAACACGAUGUAAAGAACGUACCAGAACAUACAGAAACAUUUUAUGUUGUCUUCAUAUUGGGUGUAGUUUUCUUAGCAGUGGAUGGCGUAAGAGUUCUUCUAAGUUCUCUUGUAGUGUUGGUGAGGAACGUAUAUGCCUCAAAGACAAAAGUUUCAAAACAGAAUUCGUGUUCUACUCAAACAGAGCCAGAAGAAACAGAUGAAUUUGAGGAUAUCUACAUGACUGAUGAGAUGAAGGAAAUAAGACAAACUAAGAAAAUGUGAAAUGAAGGGAUAAUUUAGAAAGAAUGUUUUUCAGAUUGCAAUAAAAAAUCCAGCGAUUUUUUCAGAAUUUCUGCACAACUUAAUGCAUCAGUCAAUCACAGUUGUUUGGUGUGAAAUACUUUGUUCUAGGGAAACUUACUGAGUGAGAAUUGUUCACAGUGAUGGUGAAAGGAACCAGACGUCUGAAGAGUUUAAUGCCUGUAGUUCCCUCACAGAAAGCUUUUACGGUGAAAUGGUUACGAAUACACUGCCUGAUGUCUGAGACAUUGUUUUACGGUAGUUUUGAGAUUAAGCUUUUGCAAAGAAUAUAUUUUUAUCAAAUCUAUUCAUGGUGGAGAGAUACAUGCAGGGCGCUGUAAGGCAAAUAGUCCCCAAAGGGGGUGAGGAUGCUUAAUAGCAAGUCAUUCACCAGUGGGAACCAAAGUGGUUCUUCUGUGGCGUCACUCCAAACGAACCCUUUGUGCAUCAUUAUUUUUAAGAGGGCAGCUUCUUCUUUUCUGUGGUUCUUGGCCACAGGGUUCUAGGAAACGUUUAAGUAGGACAGGAUAUGUGUGCCCAAUUCAGUGAUCUACAGUUCAGUGCUCUGGACGGUUCAGUUCCAAAACUGAUUUAACAUACCUGAUCCAGUUAAUCAAAGCCUUCAGAAGAAUCUGAGCCAUAGAGUUGUUGUGAUGGAACCAGAGGUGGGUGACAUGGCAAAAAUAUAACAUUGCAGUAUAUAUCGCAGUAUUAUACUUCAAGAAAUUUUCACCAUACAUUUUUUUUUCAGGCAUUUGAUCAGUUGGAACUGAGAAAAAAGAACCAGUAGUGCUACAUUUAAAAAAUACCAUCAAAAACUGCAAAUGCAAGGCUCUUCAUUCAGUAUUGUGGAUGCUGUGUCACACUAAAUCCAGUUAAAGGGGAUUAAUUUUACCCUCUGUAUAAUGAAACAAGCAGUUGAUCAGUGUUCUACAAUACUGACUAUAUGCAUGAUACGUUGAGAAAAGCAUAGUAUAUUGUGCUGUGACAUAAUUUAUCACAAUAAAGAUAUAUAUUGUCAUAUUGCCCAGCCCUAGAUGGAACUAAACCCUCCUGGACAGUAGGUCAUCAGGACUCGACUUGGGCACCUCAGGAAUUCAAGAAGCUUCACCUUGCUACCAAACUGCUAUUUUUUAACGUGUCAAACCAAUUCAUUGCAGUUGAAAAUGCUAAUAUAUUUUGGAAGAGCGACUUUCUUUGAAUUUUCUUUACACCAUAUAUUUUAUUAAACCUAAUUUAUAUGUAUAUUACAUCAGUUAGGCAGGGUUUUCAUUUAAUUUUAAUUUUAUUUUAAAAUCGACUGUUAAGAGAAACUUGAAGGAGAUAAUAUAUUCUGACUGAAACAGUUACACAAAGAAGUAUUUAAGUAUUAAAAAGACACUGGUCAAAAUGAAAAAUUUAAACGUUGCCACAUCUGUUGUAAACACACCUACUUGCUCUUUUAGAGUGGUGCCACAAUAGUCCAAAAAAUGAGAUUUUACAGGGUUAAAACUAGGAAAAUCACCUUCUGAUGAUGUGUCUUGAAGGUGGGUGGAACUUUAUAUUAUGUACAGUGGGGUCCAAAAGUCACUAAUGAGACACCAGUGAAAAUGCUUCUAUUUUGCAUUCCUUUCUAAAAUUUAGAAAGGAAUUAUUUCCAGGAUUAAAUGAAAAACAUCCCAGUUUUUAAAAGUGGUGUCAGACUUUUCGACUCCACUGUAUAUGCAGUGGUGAACUGUGACUAUUUCUGCUAGGCCUUCAGUUAAAAUGUCAAAAGUUGGUAAACCCAAUAAAAAACCCACCUCUAUAAUAAUCCUAAAUUCUGCUAGCGCUCCUACGGGAUUCCAGUAGUAUGUUAGCGUUAAGGUAGCGACAUUUGACUUGAACAUUUUAGCCAUUCUAGAUUAAAUUCUAGUAAUCCCCAUCAGAGACAGAUGCAUUGAUGUUAGCAGAUCCAACCCUGUUUAAUUUCCUAGUUGUUCUUUGUGAUUUCUGGCAUUUCAUAUGAAUUUAACAACGCUGAACCGUUCUUACUCCUACAAAUGUGAGAUACUUUGGUGGCGUUUCAGUGACUGUGUGUAGGUACUAUAUUGUAUUUGAAUGUAAAUAUAUAAUUUUUAAUGUUUAGGUAUAGCAGAGCAUAUUUCAUGGAUACACUGUAACCUUUCAGUUUAAUGUUUAAUACAGCUUUAACUGUUAUUACUAAAUGAACCAAUGAAUGUUGGUGAAAUUCAGGUUCUCUCAUUCAAUAAGCUUUUCAUGUUAUUACUGUACUGUAAAUAAUGUCUUUAUAAUUGAGCAUAUUUACUGUAUUGAUCGAGCACUGAUUGCAAUCCACUCAACAUAUUUUGAGUGUUUAUUUUAUGUCAAAUAAGCAUUGAGCAUCACAGAACUAUGGAAAUCUAACUUCAACAUUUUCUUCUAUGGAUUUGCCUGGAGAAGAUGAGAAGAAGAUUGUAAACAGUUGUUUUCAUGCUCUGAUGUUUCUCGUGUGUUGUGGUUUUGCAGUAUUAAAUGUUUUAAAGAUGUGCUACA